AUGGUCUCCUUCCGAGAAAUCCUCCUUACUGCGACGGCCGCCGUUGUUGCCACAGCGUCUGCUGUUGCCUCAGUCGACCCAGCCAUCGACCUGGCAGCUACCCACCUUGGGGUUACUGUAGAUCACGUCCAGCAUCUCCUAGCCUCAGAGAAUUACUCUGACAUUGACCCGACCCAUUGGUCAGCAACAUUUCAACAACCUGUUGAUGUAAUUGCGGCUUGGCCCCAAGACUUCAAGGAACAUGCUCUUUCUACGAUCGCUAGAAUGCUGCACCAAGGCAUGGAGAUCGCCAAGCGCGACAACGAGGCGGCUGACUAUCACUACACCAACGAGCGAUCAAUUCUCGACACCGAGGCAAUGCUCAGAGAGAAGACGGACGACUCAGGUUGCAACCACUUCUUUUCCCGUUGUACCGCCUGUAUUGGGGUUGCCACUGUUGCGUACAUAGGCGCCGUUGCUGGCUGUACUUCAGCUGGCAUUACAGCCGAGGCUGCAGCUGCACCAGCAACUGCCGGAGCAGCUACUGCAGUUAUUUGGCUUGGGUACAUCAAGUGCGUCUCCGCGGCUCUAGCUGUUUAUGGUACAGCGGCUAUUGGAUGUCACCACCUUUAG